AGUCUCCAUAAAAGGAGAUGCCCAUUCAAUCAUGUACGUAAGCAGAAACAGUCUUCUUCAAAUUUUCCUCGAUUUCUCAAGUCCACGCCUAGUCCUUCCUUCGGUCGUGCAUAUCACUUCUCGCACGAUCAGCCAGCACGGGACAUUUACAAGUCUUCCAGAAACUAUUUGGGAUAUUUUCUUCAAUAUGGACUUUGAUCAGUUGAAAGGAAUUUGACAUGCAAAUACGACUCCGUUGUUUCACGACUCCGGAAAUUUAGAAAAAUCAAGAUACUAUAGAAAUGUAUUGAUAAACUGGACACAUUUUCUCACUAUAUUUGCAAUCGAGGUCGUAGCUAUUUGUAAUAUUAUUAUGAACGAUAGAUCACUACAAGUAGUACACUUUUUAGUACUUUCCUUGACCAAAUUAAGGAGGUUCUUGUAAUUCCGUCAACAAGGAUGAUGUUUGGGAAGUCAAGGACUUGCAAUUUUGCCGCUGUUCCUGAGCGGGGUCAACCUGAGUGUAACGUGGUGGUUCUUGGAGUGAUGGGGUCUGGAAAGUCAGCGUUGACUGUGAAGUUUCUCACAAAGCGCUUCAUCAGUGAAUACGACCCCAAUCUCGAGGAUACCUAUUCCACUGAGGAGAUUGUAGACCAACAGCCAGUGGUGGUGAAAGUGAUGGAUACCGCUGACCAGGAUGGUCCUGUGAACUGUGAGCGCUACCUCACCUGGGCCAACGCCUUCCUGGUGGUCUACAGCAUAGACAACAGACUGAGCUUCGAGGGAUGCCAGCAGUACCUGCAGGCUGUCACCCUGCACACUAAAGCCCUCCAGCCUGACACCCCCGUCAUCCUGCUGGGAAACAAGCUGGAUAUGGAGAGAUACAGGCAGGUGAGCCAGUCCGAUGGCUCGGCCCUGGCGUCUCGUUUCGGCUGCUUGUUCUUCGAGGUGUCUGCUUGUCUGGACUUCCUCUCGGUGCAGAGGGUCUUCCACGAGGCGGUGAAGGAGGCCAGGCGGGAGGGCGAGCGAAGCUCCCCGUUACGACCUCUGUACAUCAGCGAGGACAAGCCCCUGGUGAGCCUCUCCUCGGCCGCCUCUUUCACCAGCCCCCGUUACACGGAGCUACCAGCCCCCACCACUGCCAAGCUGAUCACAGUGAAGUCCUCCAGAGCCCAGAGCAAACGCAGGGCUCCCACACUCACCCUGCUCAAAGGGUUCAAGAUAUUCUAAUGGAUGGAGCAUAUUAACCAUUUUCCUUCAGGGAGAGGAGAAUGAUGUAAGGUGUUGACGGAUUGGCAUGAAUUGGGAUGCGAAACAAGCAACAACUGCAUGAACAUACAGAGCAGACUGCAGGACAAAUUUUUGUGUGAUUUAUACAGUAUACAACCUUGAUCAGUGAUGUCAUUGCCAGGGUCACUGGAUGUGGACCAAAGCUACAGUGACCUUUCAGUGAACAGGACCAGCAACCAUGCUACAUACUUCUCAGACAGAAUUCUUUAUACUGGACUUACAAUGAUUGUGUCAUAAUGAAUGUUUGUAUUGGCUCCCCACAGCCAAUGUUCCCAUGUGCCUUACUGGCUUUCACUAACUAUGAAUUUUAAAAUGUCAUGUUGUAGUUUCACUUUGAAUUUUUGAUCUGAUGGUGCCCUCUGAUGGUGUAUUAGGGUAACUACAUGCAAAACUGAACUUUCACAAAACCUUUUUAGAUCUUUGUGAAAAUGCUUGUGCACUUUUUGGUGUGUCCAUGUACUGCAUGUUACUGAAGUACUAAAAGGAAAAGGACAGACAUGAUCACUUUAUAUUUUAUUUCUGUUUUGUAAAAACAGAUAUGAAGGGAUGCUAUCAAGCAGUGAUAAAUACACAAACCAUAUAUAUAAAAUGUUUAACAGACUUAAACAAACCAAAUUAAAACAUAUUCUUCAGAGGCA